AUGGCAUCCGUCACUAUCCUUGUCACCCUCCUCCUCAUCAGCUGGUUCCCCACUGCCUUCCUCAUCCUUAUCCUCAUCCUUGCUGUCUUCUUUCUAAAGGAGAUGUACACAUUCAAGGCCAAUAAUGGAACACAAGUAACGUCCUCUGUUGAACUAACUCCCACACCUUUCACUGACCUACUUAGUGCCCUUCUGGGCUUCUUCCUCACCACCCUCCUAUCCGUCCUCGCCCUUGCCCUCAUUGUCCCCCUCACCCUUCAUCUUACCAUCCAACAUCUCAAACGGGAACACCAGUAG